CUUUUCAACCUGAGUUUACGGUGGCGCUGUGGGGAAUGGUUCCACGGAAGAGGAUGCGUCUUUGCUGACGGCUCUAUUAGCUAGCUAACUAAUACCAACAACAUUGAACAGUGUUGAGAAAUCACGACUCACUUAUGUCGUAUGUGCAGAACAAAUGUUCCAAGCUUGUCAUACAUUCGUUUUUUUAUUGCCUGCCCUCAAGACGCUAGCCUCAAGCCUUUGCUAUACAGAGAGAUUUGUGAUGUAGCAACCAGUAAGUGGGAGCUGGCAACAAUCGAACCAUGGAAGAUGAUUCCCCAACCCUGAAACCCAGGCGCAUCCAGAACCAGAAUGUAGUCCAUCGACUGGAGCGGCGGCGGAUCUUCUCUGGACGGGCUGGAGCCCACUGGUACCGCGUGCGCUGCUUCCACCAGAACCUUUUCCCCAACUUCACUGUGGUCAACGUAGAGAAGCCUCCCUGCUUCCUCCGCAAGUUCUCCCCAGAUGGACGCUGCUUCAUAGCCUUCUCCUCUGACCAGACCUCCCUGGAGAUCUAUGAGUACCAGGGCUGCCAGGCGGCUGAGGAUCUGCUGCUGGGGCAGGAUGGGGAGACCCUGGCCAAUGGCAAUGACCAACGCUCCCUCAACAUCCGCGGCCGCCUCUUUGAACGCUUUUUUUCAUUACUGCACGUCACUAAUGUGGCCUCCAAUGGAGAGCACCUGAACCGAGAGUGCAGCCUAUUCACUGAUGACUGUCGCUAUGUAAUCGUGGGCUCAGCGGUCUAUGUGCCCGAGGAGCCCUCUCCACACUUCUUUGAGGUGUACCGCAACAAUGAGUCUGUGACUCCCAACCCCCGCUCUCCGCUGGAGGACUACUCAUUGCACAUCAUUGACCUGCACACUGGCAGGCUCUGUGACACCAGGUCCUUCAAGUGUGACAAGAUCAUCCUUUCGCAUAACCAGGGACUCUACCUCUACCGUAACAUACUGGCUGUUCUUUCUGUUCAGCAGCAGACAAUCCAUGUCUUUCAGGUGACAUCAGAGGGGACGUUCCUGGACGUGCGAACCAUUGGUCGGUUCUGCUACGAAGACGACCUCCUCACUCUGUCUGCGGUGUAUACUGAGGCCCGGGCCGAGGGCCAGCCAGGCUUCUCCCGCCUCUACAAGGAGAAGACCAUCAACUCCCUGAAGCACAGACUACUGGUCUACCUGUGGAGACGGGCUGAGCAGGACGGCAGCGCCACCGCCAAGCGACGCUUCUUCCAGUUCUUUGACCAGCUGAGACAGCUGAGGAUGUGGAAGAUGCAGCUACUAGAUGAGCACCACCUCUUCAUCAAAUAUACCAGUGAGGACGUGGUCACCCUGCGAGUCACUGACCCCUCUCAGCCCUCGUUCUUUGUAGUGUACAACAUGGUGAGCACAGAGGUGAUGGCAGUCUUUGAGAACACCUCUGACAAACUGCUGGAGCUGUUUGAGAACUUCUGUGACCUGUUCCGGAACGCCACGCUCCACAGUGAAGCUGUUCAGUUCCCCUGCUCUGCCUCCAGCAACAACUUUGCACGGCAGGUCCAGAGAAGGUUCAAAGACACCAUAGUGAAUGCAAAGUAUGGCGGUCACACUGAGGCUGUGAGGAGGCUGCUGGGACAGCUGCCCAUUAGUGCUCAGUCCUACAGCAGCAGCCCCUACCUCGAUCUUUCUCUCUUCAGCUACGACGACAAGUGGGUGUCUGUGAUGGAACGGCCCAAAACAUGUGGAGACCACCCCAUCAGGUUUUACGCUCGGGACUCUGGCUUGCUGAAGUUCAAGAUCCAGGCAGGCCUCCUGGGCCGGCCCAUUAACCAUGCCGUCCGGCGGCUGGUGGCCUUCACAUUCCACCCCUUUGAGCCGUUCGCCAUCUCAGUACAGAGGACCAACGCUGAGUAUGUGGUGAAUUUCCACAUGCGUCAUGUCUGUGUAUGAGAGGAAAGCAGUGGACUAGACCUGGAGAACUUGGCAUUGUACUGUGUAGAGCAAAAAGCAGUCACUCUGCCUUUUUUCUCCCCCUAGUGUGAGGAACAAAAUAAGACUGGACUGUGGGCAGAACCACUUGAAGUUGAAAUUGGGAGCUUGGGGAUGGGGGAUGGAUUCCUUGCAGGGACCAAAGAUGUUUUUGGCUGGCUCUCAAAAUGUACUUUUUUGGUCACAUUUUAUUCUAUGUAUUUUUAUUUAACCUUUUUACAUUUGUUUUAUAUUUCAAUAAAAUGAUUUAAAUAUUGA